GGGUUUCUCUGUGUCUCCCUGAACCGAGCGAGCGAGCGAGAGGCGACAACUAGCUUGGUUGAGAAAAUGCCGGCGGGUCACGGAGUGAGGGCAAGGACGAGGGACUCGUUCUCUCGGCCCUUCAGGAAGAAGGGGUACAUCCCGCUGACGACGUACCUCCGGACGUACAAGAUCGGCGACUACGUCGACGUCAAGGUGAACGGCGCCGUCCACAAGGGCAUGCCCCACAAGUUCUACCACGGACGCACCGGCCGCAUCUGGAAUGUCACCAAGCACGCCAUCGGCGUGGAGGUCAACAAGCAGGUAGGGAACCGAAUCAUUAGGAAGAGGAUCCAUGUGAGGAUUGAGCAUGUUCAGCCCUCGAGGUGUCAGGAGGAGCUUAAGCAGAGGAAGGUCCGGAACGACGAGCUGAAGGCGGCGGCCAAGGCACGUGGGGAGAAGAUCAGCACGAAGAGACAGCCAGAAGGUCCCAAACCCGGCUUCAUGGUCGAGGGCGCGACCAUGGAGACCGUCACUCCCAUUCCAUACGAUGUGGUCAACGACUUGAAGGGCGGGUACUAAUUGAAGAGUAGCCCCUCGGAUGUUUUCAGGAGUCUUAUCUUCAGCUCAUUGUUGUGUUACAUUUAUCUUGUUUCCUAUUUUGAAACUGCGGAUGCGCAUUUGUGUUGGGUCGAAGACUUGGUCGAAUCAGUUUUGUUUUUAUCUUUUUUUUUACUCUUCUGGAAUGAACUUCAGUUGCCGUUU